AUGAGAAGGUCGGCCGACGGGCCGGCGAGUGGGAAACUCCCGCGAUCUCGAGCUGAGACUGCCCGCUCUUUUACAAGGAGCGCGACUCUGGGGAGAGAGGCGGAAACCCAGUGUUGCACUGAGAAGCGCGGGACCACGGGUGCGCGGAACUGCGUCUCGCAUGCAGUCAAACUCGCGCCGCAGAUGGAGAGAACGCAGAAAGGAGGAAAAAGAAAACCAAGCACUGCCCCAGGAGAGAGUCGCGAAAACGAGGAAGCGAUUUCAACACGACGCGACCGGCAACGCGAACCUGCUCGGCUGUUGCUCACCCCAACUCUCACCCAACUCCGACGCCGAGAAACCGGCACCCGUCGCCACGUGACCUCUCGGCGUCGUCUCUCUCCCCCCACCGUCGAGCGUCGCGAGGAAACCCAGGAGAGAGAAGCGCAGCUGAACGGGCGGUGUCGGCGGAUUCCAGCACUCGGAAUCACACGGAACAGAGGGGAGGCGCUGCGGCGCGCAGGGAAAAUCCGCCGAGAAAACGCCGACCGAUUUACCGGAGCAUGGCCCCGCUUGGCUGCGACGCGGGAACAACUCGGCCGCGCCAGCCGAAGAACCCCAUCAACGGUGAAGAGUCACGUCGCGGGCGCCGGUUCCUCGGCGCUGCCAGCAUCCAAGACAGCAGGCAAGUCGAAGAAAGAUGGCAGACGACUGGCCGCUGUCCUCAACAGAAGGAAAAAGGCAGACGUUAACCGUCGAAUUCCGCCUGCUGCGGUGCAGAACAGUGAACACACACUCUGUGGUGGGCGCUGUCGCGCUGCGGAGGAUUUCAAGUGA